UCGAGGUCUUUUUCCGGCCGGGCCGGUUCUGUGGUUGCGUUUAACUUCGCGUUCCAGGACGCGCGUUGUCUUUACGCGGUGCGGCCGUGCGGCUGAGAGCUCGUGCCGGCGUCAAAGCGCUCCGCAGCCGCUGUCAGGCACACCGUCUCGGUGCCGCCGCCGCUCCGGCCGCCAGCGUGAAUGAACGCCCGCAGCUGUGCGCGGAGGAGCGGGGUCGCGGCACGCAGGUGCGCGGGGCGAGCGCAGAGCGGUGCCCCGGAGCCGAGCGCGGCUCUUCGGUCCCGGGCCGGUACGAGCCCUUCCCGUGCGGGUCGCGAGGAAGGCAGGCCUUCCCAGACGCGUCCGGGCUGCGCUGCGUUCCCUUUCUGCCCGCUUGCCCCUCGGCGUGGCGCUUGGAAGCCGUGAUCCCGAGUUCUGCAGCUUUGCUAACGUUCACGCGAAGGGAAUCGGCAUGGAUGAGGUGCACCGGAUGCACCCAGUGCUCCUUCCAACCUUAGCGAUUCUGUGACCGUGCGCUCCCUCGGUUGGUUUAGGUCACCAGCUCUUAAAGCAAGCAGUGAAAACAGAGCAGGAGAGGCAGCAAUUCGCCAGCCCCUUCUUAGGGCGGCUGCGGGAAGAGGGAAGGUUGGCGGGCAGGAGGAGCAUUUCUCAGAGGGAGAGAAGGAGAGGAUGCUGGUAGGACGAGGUUCUUCAUGGCUGUCUCGUGCUUUGCAGAAAAUGCUCUGACAGGGAACUGGAUAGCGCCUGCCUCAGCUCAGUCUUCCUUCACCCAAAGACCCGUUUGUCACCGAGAGGGAACCUCUCCAGCGGCCCAACUCCACGAGUGAUGGGCUCGGAGAACAGUGCUUUAAAGAGCUACACGCUGGAAGAGCCGCCGUUCACACUGCCGACUGGACACGCCAUUUAUCCGGCUGUGCUGCAAGAUGGCAAACCUGCCUCUGUCUUCGUGUACAAGCAAGAGAACGAGGACAUGGUUAACAAAGCUGCCAAGCACCUGAAAACCUUGCGCCAUCCUUGCCUUCUGCGCUUCCUCUCUUGCACCGUGGAAGCUAAUGGGAUCCACCUGGUUACUGAGCGUGUGAAGCCUUUGGAGACGGUCCUGGAGACACUCUCUUCUGCAGAGAUCUGUGCAGGGAUCUACGACGUGCUGCUGGCACUCACUUUCCUCCACGACAGGGGAAACCUGACGCAUAACAACGUCUGUUUGUCAUCUGUGUUUGUAAGCGAGGAUGGGCACUGGAAACUGGGAGGAAUGGAAACAGUCUGUAACUUCAGUGAAGCCACCCCAGAGUUCCUCUGUCAUGUCAAAUCAGUCCGAGACCAGUCGUGCAUCCCGUGCGAGGAGAUGUCUGUAGAUUUCAAAAUCCUGCCCAACAGCUGUGGGCAUGCAAGGGACGCCUAUGCCUUUGGAGCCAUGGUUGAAAAUCUCCUGGCAGUCCUGACUGAUCAGGUUUCAGCAGAUAUUCUCUCCAGCUUUCAGCAAACCUUGCACUGUACGCUGCUGAAUCCAGAUCCAAAGUGUCGUCCACCACUGUCCAGCUUACUGUCUCACGAAUUCUUCAGGAACGAUUUUCUGGAAGUUGUGAACUUUUUGAAGACCUUAACGCUAAAAUCCGAGGAGGAGAAAACUGAAUUUUUCAAAUUCCUGCUGGACAGGGUGGCUGGCCUGUCAGAGGAGCUGAUAGCAUCACGGCUGGUGCCUCUGCUACUCAAUCAGCUUGUGUUUGCAGAACCUGUAGCUGUCAAGAGUUUUCUUCCUCAUCUGCUGGGGCCAAAAAAAGAGCAAAGUGGAGAAAGCCAGACCAGCUGCCUCCUGUCUCCAGCCUUGUUCCAGACUCACGUGAUUCCUGUGCUGCUGAAGCUCUUUGAGGUUCACGAGGAGCAUGUGCGGAUGGUGUUGCUGUCUCACAUUCAUGCCUAUGCGGAACUGUUCUCUCGGGAGGAGUUGAAAAACAUCAUCCUGCCACAGGUAUUGCUGGGCCUUCGAGACACUAGUGACUCUAUUGUGGCAAUAACACUGCACAGCUUAGCUGUUCUCGUCUCCCUGCUUGGACCUGAAGUAGUGGUAGGUGGUGAAAGAACGAAGAUUUUCAAAAGCUCUGCACCAAGCUUCAUGAAAACUGCUGAUCUCUCCCCAGAAGACUCACCCACUCGUGCUGUAAGCAGUCAGAGGCAUCAAACCUCUUGGCCUUUGAAGAACAAUCCUAGCGUGCUCCCUAUCUCUGGAAACACGCUUGUCAAGAAGCAUUCUGUGCAACAAGACAAUCCACUUGUUUUAAAGACAGGUGAGCAAGCCACUCAGCUUCCCCUGAAUGGAGUUCCUGGGAGCAUUAAUAUGCUCGGGAGCAGCAGGAGCUCUUUGACUACCUCCGAAAAGCCAGCAGAGGAGUGGCCAGACUGGAGUGAGCCAGGGGAGACAGACGCUGAGAAAACUGUGAACAUCCAGAUUCAGCCCCAAAAGCCACAGGGCAGCACGGGACCUUAUUUUAUUGAGCGUGAUGUAGAUGAGAAGCCUUGGGAUGACUUUGAGCCCAGCAGCCCUCGUACUGACCUGUCCUCAGGAAACUGCCUCACUGUGCCACAAGCUGAUGCAGCUGAAAUGCAGAGGACUCUAGCGGGCACCCAUCAACAGAGCAAAGAAUUGAAAAGCCUCAAAGUGAGUCCCACCACAAAGUCCUCCCCUGGGAACAGCUGGAACAAUGACAAAUGGGACCACCAGAAACAAGUGGGAAAAACUGUGCUGCCUAAACCGACCUUAGAGGAAAGGUUGAAGUCUUCAUUGGAGUCUGACCUAGGAGAAGAAUUCACGAUCAAAGUGAAGAGGAAACCAGUGCGUGACCCGGAGCUGGACUGGUUUGCUGACAUGAUACCAGACAUUAAACCUUCUUCAGCAGUCUUGAUUUUACCUGAAGCAAGGACAGAAGCAGUUGUUCCCAGUCACUCUGGUGCAGUAUCCAGCAGAGAAGGUGCCUCCCAGAAUUUGCUGUUUUCAUCCAAAUUUGCAGCAGUUGAUGUUAUUGAGGCUGAAGCUGCAGGCUGGGGUGAAGAAGAAGAGUUGAACUGGGAAGAUGAUGCUAACUGGUAAUGGGACUGAAAGAGACAAAGGCGAUUUAUGCUGUGUUGGAGUCUGUGAGAGAAGUCGCUGCUUCUACAGUAUAAUGGAUAAGUACCUCAGCACUGCUUUUGGGGAAAGGCAGGCACUUGCUGCAGCAGCCAGCAAAAUCCCAGGGGACCCAAUCCCUUCUAAUGGAUGCUCCUUUCCAGUCUGUGCCAAAAAAUGCAGGGGGGUGAGGCCUGCACGUGAGCAAUAGGCCCAGCUGCGGUGUGAACCACUGCUACCAGAGAGAGGAGCAGCAGGAUAGGUGCGUUGGUGCUGACACGCUGCUGGAGGCUGAGUGGUGGUGCAAGCAAAACUCAUCUCUGCUCUGAAAAACUGAUGACAAUAAAUGAAAAUUACUCUGA